AUGUCCGACUUGCUCGAAGUGAUUCCUGACUUUGAUAUCAAGCCGUACACGCACCUCCUCCACUCCCUCGAGAAGAACGACAUCAUCGUUGCCGACCUGAUCACCUCCGACCCCAAGGAGAUCGCCAGAAGAUGUCCUCUGCCCUCGGCCGACGUGCAAAGACUGGUGGCAGAUGUUAUCAAGGCUCUGCAGGGUGAUGUCCAAAGCGGCAUGAGAAAGAUAUGCAAGGCUCCUUCUUCGCGGAGCGGCGGCAACACUGCAGGCGCCACAAUAGAACAUAUCAAUGAAGGCACUGCGACGGUCGUGGGCAGCCAGCAGGUCAAGACACUUGAUGCGGCCAUAGACCAAGCAUUAGCUGGGGGCUUCCAACCAGGUCAGAUCACGGAGAUAGUUGGAGAGAGUGCCGUUGGAAAGACUCAGUUGGUUCUUGGGCUCCUGCUCUCCGUCCAGCUCCCUCCGCCGCGGGGGAUGGGGAAGGGCGCAAUCUACGUGUCGACAGAGGCACCGCUCAACACGAGUCGACUCAAGCAAAUGCUCUAUUCCCAUCCUGGAUACGAAAGCAUGGAGCCUGAGGACCGACCAUCUCUCGACUACGUUCACACCAUUGCCACCAACGACCUCGAGGCCCAAGAACAUAUCCUUCGCUAUCAAUUACCUGUUGCAGUUCAGCGCUUCAAAAUUGGACUCGUCGUGUUGGAUUCGGUCGCUGCGAAUUUCCGAGCCGAACAUGAAACUCGCACACCAGCUGGUCUGGCCGAGCGAGCUGUGGAGCUGGUCAAACUCGGAGCCAUGCUCAGGCGCGUCGCCAUCGAGAACCAGGUUGCAAUCGUGGUGACCAACCAGGUAUCAGAUCGUUUUGAUGACCCCAAGAACGUGCUUCGGUCUUCGUCGCCGGCGACCGCGUCGUCUCCAGCCCUGGCGGGCCCGAACGUGCCACCUGGUAUGGCCACAAUACGACAGGAAGUCCAGAGUCUGGACUACCAGCAACAGUUUUUCACCGGUUGGGGAGACGACCGGCAGGGGCAGGGCACGCGUGGACAAUACAAGAAUCCUGCGCUGGGAUUGGCGUGGGCCAACCAGAUCUCCGCUCGCAUCGUCCUUAAGAUGGAGAGUGAGCGGCAAGAGUAUGUGGGAGGCAAUAUCUGGAGAGACAGGAAGAAGAGCCGGACCUUUGCAGUGGUAUUUGCACCCUGGGCGCCUCCCACCUACCCAGCCGUCCCGUACGAGAUUGGUACGCAGGGCAUUGUUUCUGUUCCCCAGCCCGUCGGGCCUCCAGCAGCCCCUACAGCGGUGGAUGAAGAGCAUGCAGACCUUCUGAAUGAAGAGCUAUGGGCCACAGAUGAGGACGAUGAGUUCCCCUGA